GAUAAAUUUCCAUAAAUUGUCUGGUAGUCACGUGAUUUCUCCUACUCAAUUGUGCUCUCAUUAAGAGAUUAGUUUUUCGAAGAAAACGUUUGCUGUUGUAAUUGUGAAUAUGCUGUUGCAUUUUGUUAAAUCUUCUGCAAACACGAUUUUUAACCCAACUAUGUCAAAUUCAAAUUUAAAAUACCUGAUAUAAUAUAAAAACAUCAUAAGUGUUACGAAACAUAUGGUGUCGCCUACGCAUAUAUAUUACAACUCGAGGUGGAAAAUCGUUUGAACAACAGCAAAUUGACAGUAGCCACAUCAUCUGGCCUUGAUGAAAAUACGCAAUCACCUGUUAUUAUUGCCAGUUUAUUUCUUGUUGCAUUAUAUUUAAUUAUAUAUACUUCUUCUAUCAUCUGUCACUCAUAUUUUGACACAUCAUUAACUUACUUAAAACAGUAAUCAAAACUUUUAUAACCUAGUAGGGACUGUCUACUUUAAAAUUACUUUUCAAUUUUCCAUUCGUACUGAAAGUUAUUUUUAAGCAAUGUCAAGGACUGAGUGGUGUGAAUUCUUGUUUCAUUAAUAAUUAAUGUCACAUAGAAGAUUUAUAUUUCAGUAAGUUUAUGGUGCUUGUGUUUAUGAAAGAUGUUACAGAAGACACCAAGAUAAAAAUUGCUAACAAAACGAAAACGUGUCACAAAUAGGUGCAUUUAUAGUCAGUGAUGAAUUAUAUUAUUUGAUUAUGUGCUACAAUGAUCUUUUGAUGAAAUAAAUCACAAAAAUCUAUGAAAGACAAUGCGCACUACUACAAGUACAAGAUCUUGACAUCAAGAGGAACACUUUUGCCAGUCUAAAAAAAUGGCUUGUGAUUUUUUGAUUUGGGGGUUACUUAUGUUUGGAUGUAGUAUACAAGCAUUGUUAGUUGCAUCCAAAGAUGAUUCAUUGGAAUAUAUGAGUAAGGAAGAACGGAACACGUUAAAGGAAGAGUCCAGAGAUAUGUUUUAUCACGCAUAUAAUGCUUAUAUGGAUAAUGCAUAUCCUGCUGAUGAAUUAAUGCCAUUAAGUUGUAAGGGGCGAUAUAGAGGGUCAGAACCGAAUAGGGGUGAUAUAGAUUUCACAUUGGGAAAUUUUUCACUUACAUUGGUUGAUACGUUAGACACACUUGUGGUGUUGGGGGAUUUAGAAGAAUUUGAAAAUGCAGUUAAACUUGUUGCCAGAGAUGUUAACUUCGACACAGAUGUUAUUGUUUCUCUAUUUGAAACUAAUAUUAGAAUGCUUGGAGGUCUUCUAAGUGGCCAUAUACUAGCAGAAUAUUUGCAACAAAGAGCUGAUAUAAUGCCAUGGUAUCGAGGUGAACUUUUAAAUUUAGCAAAAGAUUUGGGGUACAGAUUUCUACCUGCAUUUAACACAACAACGGGGAUACCAUAUGGCAGAAUAAAUUUAAAAUAUGGUAUGAAAGGUGUACCUUUAGAAGUAUCAAGAGAAACAUGUACAGCCUGUGCAGGUAGCAUGAUUUUAGAAAUGGCAGCACUGUCAAGAUUAACGGGAGAAUCAGUUUUUGAGGAAAAAGCACAGAAAGCGAUGGAUGUUUUAUGGAGAAUGCGUCAUCGUGGUACUGACUUAAUGGGUUCUGUAUUAAAUGUACAUUCUGGUGACUGGGUGCGAAGAGAUUCUGGUGUAGGAGCAGGUAUAGACUCCUACUAUGAAUAUUGUCUGAAGGCAUAUAUUUUACUAGGUGAUGAAAAGUAUCUUGGACGAUUUAAUAAACAUUAUCAAGCUGUAAUGAAGUACGUAAGUCAAGGACCGAUGUUGUUAGAUGUACAUAUGCACAGACCAAACACAAAUUCCAAAAAUUUUAUGGAUGCUUUAUUAGCUUUUUGGCCUGGUUUACAAGUAUUAAAAGGUGACAUUAAACCUGCUGUCGAAACACAUGAAAUGCUGUAUCAAGUUAUGCAGAGACAUAAUUUUAUACCAGAAGCAUUUACUACAGAUUUUCAGAUACAUUGGGGACAUCAUCCUUUAAGACCCGAGUUUUUAGAAUCAACUUACUUUCUUUAUCGUGCUACAGGCGAUCAUUAUUAUUUAGGAGUUGGGCGUAAGGUAUUAAAAAGUUUACAAACUUAUGCCAGAGUACCGUGCGGUUACGCAGCUGUGUCUGAUGUUAGAACUAAUAAACAUGAUGAUACAAUGGAUAGCUUUGUAUUGUCAGAAACAUUUAAAUACUUGUUUCUAUUAUUCGCGGAACCAGGCGAAUUGGUGUUAGAUUUAGAUGAAUUCAUUUUUACAACCGAAGGACACCUAUUACCAUUAACACUUGCUUCUGUAAGAACUAAUGUUUCUUCGGAUUUCGAACGUGAUGUGGUGCACGUGGACGAAAUGGAUCGUAUUUGUCCUAAUAGUCUACAUCUAUUUCCUGCAUCAGUGCGUUUACCUUUGAGAAAUAUGGUUGAAGAUGUGUGUCCACGACGAACACUAAAAAGAAGAUUAAGAGCUGAAGAAUUUCAGGCUAACAACUUGGAACAUUUGAAAUUAUUGAGCGAUAUGGGAAUAACAACUUUAACGUUAGCAGAUGGACGAGCUGAACUUUUACAUACUUUUUCUGAUGCAAAAACGCUGCAGGAUUCGGAAGAAGGUUUGUUGUUCAUGCAAGAAAUCGUAGAAAUGAAUAAAAUGCAGUCACAGCAAACUGAAACUAAACUACAGGCAGUUACAUUUAUAAAACCAAAUACAAAUCCACCACAAAAAGUGACAUUAUUGGCUGGGCCAGCACAUUUUGGGCUGGAACUGAAAGGGUUGAACAAAGUUACUGGAAAAAUUAUUCUUACAUACCCAACUACAGCUUGUACUGAACUUCUUAAUGUGGAUAAACUUGCAGGCAAGAUAGUAGUAAUGGAUCGUGGGAAUUGUAUGUUUAUAGAAAAGGCAAGUCGGAUUCAACAAGCUGGUGCUAUUGCUGGAAUAGUAUUAGAUAAUGUCGUUGGUUCUAGUGCUGCAACUUCAUCUAUGUUUGCAAUGUCAGGAGAUGGAAAAGAAGUUGAUAUAACUAUACCAGUUGUAUUUUUGUUCAGUGUUGAAGGUUUUGAAUUACUAAAGGCUAAUGCAGCUGCUAAUCGUGAUCUUACAGUUACUAUUGGUGAGAAAUUCUUAUGCCUUAAUAAGUAGUAUGAAAGGUUUUCA